AUGGCUUCCGACGACCUGGCUGUCGGUCGCGAUGAACUAGUGGUUGACGGGGAGGGUGAAGUUGACCGAAGCGACACCGAGUCGAAAGAGGAUGCAGCUUUGCUGCGAACGAUGGGCUACAAGCCGGUUCUUCACCGGACGUAUACCUUGGUCGAGAACUUCUCAACCACCUUUGCGGCGCUCUACUUCGUCGGUGGAGUGCGCGUCACUUUCAGCACGGGUAUCGCGGCUGGGGGUAAUCUCGCCUACUGGACGAGUUACCUAGUCACCAUGGUCUUCACGUUCAUUACUGCUGCCGUCAUCGCAGAGGUGUGCUCGGCCUCUCCGUCAGCGGGCUCGAUCUAUCUCUGGGCGGCUGAGGCGGGGGGUCCUCGAUUUGGUCGGCUGCUGGGAUUUAUUGUUGCUUGGUGGAGUACCACCGCUUGGACCACGUUUUGUGCUAGCAAUACCCAAGCUGCGGCCAACUACAUGCUUUCAGAGUUAACCGUGUUCAAAGUCGACUUUCCCACUGACACCAGCAGUAUCAAGUUCCGCGCCGUCCAAUGGAUCUGCACGGAGGUGCUGCUCGCCCUCGCCGCGCUGUUGAACUUCCUACCUCCCCGAUUCUUCAAAUGGGUCUUCUGGCUUUCUGCCAUGAUCGUCAUGCUGGACUUCGUGAUGAACGUGAUCUGGUUGCCCAUCGGAGCCCAUGACACCUGGGGAUUCCGCACGGCUCAUGAAGCCUUCAUGACCACCUACAACGGCACCGGCGCCCCUGCGGGCUGGAACUGGUGUCUGUCGUACCUCGCCACCGCGGGUAUCUUGAUUGGAUUCGAUGCGUCCGGCCACGUGGCGGAGGAAACGAAGAAUGCCUCGGUCACUGCGGCGCGAGGCAUCUUCUGGAGUACAAUUGCUAGUGGAUUCGGUGGGUUGGCUACCAUUAUUCUGUUCUUGUUCUGCGCGCCUGACGCCAACACUCUGCUGGGAUUCGGAUCCCCUCAACCGUUCGUGCCUCUCUAUGCCGUGGUUCUGGGCAAGGGCGGCCAUAUCGUGAUGAACGUAGUCUGCAUUCUCGCUCUGUGGCUGAACACCGCCAUCGCCAUCAUCGCAGCCUCCCGCCUCGUCUUCGCCGUGGCCCGCGACGGCGUGCUUCCCUUCUCGGGCUGGGUGUCCAAAGUGCACGCGGGCCAGCCGCGCAAUGCAGUCAUUGUAGUCUGGGCCGUCGCGGCUUUGAUCACAUGCACGAUUCUCCCCUCGAACGUGGCCUUCACGUCGCUCGUCUCCGCAGCCGGCGUGCCCAGCGCCGCAGCCUACGGACUGAUCUGUCUCGGUCGGCUACUCUGCACACCGAAACGGUUCCCCACGCCGCAGUGGAGUCUGGGGAAGUGGAGCAAGCCGUUCCAGUUUAUCGGCGUUUUCUGGAAUGGAUGGGUGGUGGCCGUCUUGUUCUCACCGUAUGAGUUCCCCGUGACGGGGCAGACCUUGAACUAUGCCCCGAUUAUCAUGGCUGGGGUUACUAUCCUCGCGCUGGUCUCGUACUUCGUUAUGCCGGAGGAUGCGUGGCUCCCGCGCGACCGGAUCGCGCGGUUUGUUGAUAGCAAGGGUGCGGCGGCGACAGUGGAGGAGGUGGAAGAGCGAUGA